GGUCACUGAUGGAAUCAUUUCUUUCUUCAGAUCUCAAGUCGUCUUCUCAACCCACCCGCAGCCUUGCGUAGCACAGCGCACAAUAUGCAAACAGCUGGCUCAAAAGUCCAUUUCUUCUCGUUCUCUGAAACCAUUGGUGCGCUGCAGAACAUUCUCGCUCAUUCACAAAUGAUCAUGCCAGACCUCGAAACCCCGUAUCCCAAUAGCAACAUGGCCUUCGAGCCCAACGACCAGAGCAUCAAUACCAUCAUCACCGAACGCCAGCAGCAAUUCGAUGCAGUUUCGCACGAGAUCUCCGGCCUAGAAGCAGUCAUGGAUAGCAUCAAACAUCUUCGCCAGCAACUCGUCGAGAGAAAGGACAAGAUUACUCAAUCCAUGAAAUUGCACAAGCGACUCGUAUCGGCUUUGUGGCGGUUGCCAACUGAAGUCCUGUCCGAGAUCUUUGUUUAUUGUCUCCCAGAAACUAGUCACUUGUCGCCCGCAUCAAAGCUAGCUCCCAUGCUGUUGACCAGGAUAUGCCGACGAUGGAGAGAAGUUGCUGUGAGCAUGCCCAGUUUGUGGUGUGGGUUGUCUAUGAAAGUCGACGACAGAGAUUGGCAACGAGCAGCCUUCUGCUAUGAUUCAUGGCUCGAGCGAUCGCGAGGUCGUCCGCUCUCGUUGGCACUCCGUUGUGAAAGGGGCCACUGGACCGAGCUGCGAAGCCUUCUCCAGCCAUAUCUCAAUCAAGUCUCGUCGCUCUUUCUUUAUUUUUCCUUCGAUGCCUCCCAACCUGAAGUUAGGAUGACAGAUUUCUUAGCACUUGAGGAGCUGUCCAUGUCAAUGGAAAGUUCUAGCGUUAUGCCAGCUGUUACCCACUGUAUCUCGCAACCGCCGUCCUCUCUGCGCAGUCUGAACCUCGAUGGGCCGGCAUUCAACAUCGCGUACCUUUCUGACAUCAAUCCCACAUGGGCCCGUCUCACAAAUCUCCAGAUCGACAUAUAUGAAGCGAGUGCACUCCCUCACUUGCUCUUUCUAUGUCCCGACCUCUCCUCCUUAACGAUUGGUACUAUAUUUUCCUAUGAAACGCCGGUCUUAGAGCCAUUCACGCAUACCAAACUUCAAUUCUUACACAUCGACUGCGACACUUCGGAUACGAACGCAAUCCACGCUCUUGGCCUAUUCAAUACCGUCUCACUCCCACAUCUACGCACACUCAAAGCUUCCUAUAUACAUCAAUGGCCUCACGAGGAGUUCAAGGCAUUUUUGACACGCUCAAAAUGUUCCCUGGAGAGUUUGAUUUUCGGUGCUGGAGUGACGACGACAGAUGAGCAACGAGCGGAAUACGUUGCCCUUAUUCCUUCCCUCAAAUUAGUAUAGAAG